AAGAUAACUAAACUCUACUACGCUGUCAAAGUGACGAUUCCCAACGACGGGGAAGGGGCUAGAUAUAUCCUUUAAUUCUUCAUCCCCGAUAUUUCCUGUUCUUUCGACAGAACCUCUGAUAAAGUCUAAACGCCGGCUCGGAUACGACAUCGGCCAUCCCGAGAAGUUGCAGGAAUAACCAUGGCAACACGCAAUUCGCACCGCUUGUCCUUGCAAGUGCUCCGAUCUUUGACCAUCAGCAAACAGUUCAUACGGACGGUUCAUAAAGGUGCACCCGCCCCUUCUCCGCCGUCGCCAACACCCUUUGUUCCUGACGUCCAAACCUUUCUUACACUAAUCGGCCGUGGUAUGUCCAAACAUGCGAGCAAGCUGCCUUCCUGGGAUGAGCUUUUUACUCUAAGUUCCACCGAACUUCGGGAAUUGGGAAUUGAGCCUGCACGUCAGCGGCGAUAUUUGCUUCGCAAGAGGGAGAAGUUCAGGAAGGGGAUCUAUGGCCCCGGUGGAGACCUGGAAAACGUGGUCGAUGGCGUUGCGCAGCUCCGAAUUGUUGAAGUUCCGCUCGAGCUUAAAGAUACAAUCUCAAAAAAUGAAAGCUCGCGUUCUGUGAAUUCCUCGGCUACGUUGACACCCGGGAUGAAACGAGUCGUCGUCAACAUCUCACCAGAUGCUACCAACUACACCCAUGACCCAACAAAAACCCCGAAGAAGUUUGCGCACAUGAAGAUCAUCAACGGCUCAAUUAUUAGCGGUCCAUUUCUUCAACCGCUUAAAGGCUCAAAUGGUCGUGCAGCCCUGAUUAAGGUUGAGGAGGGUAUGUGGGAAGACAAGCUUGGCCACAAAGUGGACGGUGGUGAAAGGCGACGUGCUGAAGUCAGGGCCAAGAAGCGAAGCGAAGAGAGGAAGAAGGGCAUCUAGAUCUAUAGGAUGCAGUGCCUAUACAUUACUUGUUUACUCCUACUGUAUCUCAAACGGGGCGCCAAUGUUGAAUUACCUCAAAUGUACUAUAUUUUUGAAACAUCGACUGUUCUUGU